AUGGCGACACCAGUUUGGCAACACAUCCCUGCGAGGCUGAGACGACGCGUCUCACUUUUUCUUCUUUGCGUUGUUGUUGUCGUUUCUCCGGACGUUGGUGAGGCGUCGCUGGGCAGGAGAAGAGACGUUAGUCCCUCUCCGGAAGAAGUCGAGUCCUACAACAGAUAUUACAAUUAUGCCGAUUUAACCCGGCUUCUUCAUUCUCUGGCACAGAAACACCCCCACAUCGCUAACCUGUCAAGCGUGGGUCAGUCUGUGCAGGGAAGGGAACUGUGGGUAAUGCGAAUCACAAAGGACCCCAACACAGACACGCCGGGGAAACCCAAAUUCAAGUAUGUCGGCAAUAUGCACGGCGAUGAAACUGUGUCGAGGCAGGUGUUGGUGUACCUGGUGGAGUAUCUGCUGGCGAAAUAUGAGGAGGAACCACGUAUUACCCAGCUGGUGACAACCACUGACAUCUACAUCAUGCCGAGCAUGAACCCAGACGGAUUCGAGAGGUCCGUGGAGGGGGACUGCAAUGGUGACGCUGGGGGUCGUGCAAAUGCAAGGGAUUAUGAUCUCAACAGAUAUUUCCCCGACCAGUUUCAAAAGAUAAAUGUCAAUCAAGAUGAUAUUCCUGAGAUUAUGGCUGUUAUCAAGUGGAUCCUGGAGAAAAAAUUUGUGCUCUCUGCGAACUUGCAUGGUGGCACUGUGGUGGCCAGUUAUCCCUUUGAUGAUUCAGCCUUCCAUCAGCAAAGGGGUCAGUACAGUCAGUCAUCUGAUGAUGGCGUGUUUCGUUACCUUGCCCGGGUGUAUGCAGAGAACCAUCCUGUGAUGAGGACGGGCGAACCCAACUGCCCAAGCACCCCUGAGGAGAAAUUCAAGGAUGGCAUCACCAAUGGGGCCCAGUGGUAUGACGUGCCUGGAGGGAUGCAGGACUAUAACUACCUCCAUGGAAACUGUCUGGAAAUAACCUUAGAGCUGAGCUGCUGCAAGUAUCCGCCUGCCUCCCAGCUCCAUGAAGAAUGGAACCUUAACAGAGAAUCACUGCUGGCCUACAUGGAAAAGGUCCAUAUAGGUGUGCGUGGCUUUGUGACAGAGGCCAGUGCUGGCACUGCUCUUCCUGAUGUCAGCAUUGUGGUGGCAGGCAUCAACCACAACUUGACCACAGGCCAGUUUGGGGACUACUUUCGCCUGUUGCUUCCUGGUGUAUACAACAUCUCUGCCAUGGCUCCAGGGUACACAUCCAUGGCUGUCUAUAACAUCCAAGUUUCUGAGGGCAACGCUAUCGAACAAAACUUCACCCUGGCACCUGUGGUCAAUAUACAUACAGGUAGCAUUACAGUGCCUAUGUCCUCCACGCAAUCUGCUACCACAGCCCCUAUGCCUACUCCCACUGCCACCAGCACUGCUAACUCUACACUGAACAGAGUAAAUCUCCCAGGGGGGACUGAGAGCAGCACCCCCCCUUUUGUAUCAGAGCAGCAGCCCGUCCAGCCACAGGAAUUCCGCCACCAUAACUAUGCAGACAUGGAGCUUUUUCUCCGCAAGUACAGCAGUGAGUUCCCCUCGAUUGCCCACCUCUAUUCUGUUGGACGCUCCGUGGAGGGCCGUGAGCUGUAUGUCAUGGUCAUCUCGGACAACCCUACAGUCCAUGAGCCAGGUGAGCCGGAGUUCAAGUAUGUGGGCAACAUGCAUGGUAAUGAGGUGGUUGGCCGUGAGCUGUUGCUCAACCUCAUCGAGUACCUUUGCCGUAACUACGGCAGUGAUCCUGAAGUCACACAGUUGGUCAACAGCACACGAAUUCACAUCAUGCCCUCCAUGAACCCUGAUGGCUAUGAGGUAGCCAGGGAAGGUGAUGUAAAAGGCUACAAGGGACGCAACAACAGCAACAAUUAUGACCUGAACCGUAACUUCCCAGACCAGUUUGCAACCACCAGGGAUCCCAGACAACCAGAGACUGUGGCUGUGAUGAACUGGUUGAAGAGCAUUCCCUUCAUCCUGUCAGCCAACCUCCAUGGAGGCUCCUUGGUGGUUAACUACCCCUAUGAUGAUGACAAAGAGGGCAUCUCACAGUACAGCAAAUCACCUGAUGAUAAGGUCUUUCAGCAGGUGGCCAGAGCCUACUCGCAGGAGAAUCCUCUCAUGCACAAUGGGCACCCUUGUGAAGAACUCUACCCAGAUGAAUACUUUGAGGAUGGCAUAACCAAUGGUGCCAACUGGUACAAUGUUCCUGGUGGCAUGCAGGACUGGAACUAUUUGAAUAGCAACUGUUUUGAGGUGACUAUUGAAUUAGGCUGUGUCAAGUACCCCAAGGCAAAGGACCUGCCCUCAUACUGGGAGCAAAACAGACGUUCCUUGUUGAAGUUUAUACAGCAGGUUCACAAAGGCGUGAAGGGCACAGUAACAGAUAUUAAGGAUGGUACAGGCAUCCCCAAUGCCACUAUCCAGGUGGAGAAGAUAAAGCACAACAUCACUACAGCGCAGACUGGAGACUAUUGGAGACUGCUGGUUCCUGGGACCUACAGCCUCAUUGCCUCUGCCCGCGGAUACACGUCCGUGAGGAUCUAUGCCACAGUGCCAAUUAAUGGAGUAGAGGUGGUGGACUUCAGGCUGACGCGUGUCCACUCAGAGCCGAAAGGCCAGACUCCCAAGGGGCCCGAGGCCACUCAAGACCCAUCUGAGGAGGAGUUCCAGAGCUUCAUCAAAGAUCUCUCCCUGGGCCAGGGCCUGGAGCAGCUGGUCAGGAGCACAGCAACAGAAAAUAGCUUCCGCUACAGAAGCUACAAGGAAAUGUCUGAGUUUCUGAGAGGCCUCACCCUAAACUUCCCCAAGAUCACUUCCCGGCGCUCUUUGGGGCAAAGUUUAGAGUUUCGAACCAUCUGGGCUCUAGAAAUCUCCAAUAAGCCAGAUGAAGCUGAACCAUCGGAGCCCAAGAUCCGUUUUGUAGCAGGAAUCCAUGGCAAUGCCCCAGUGGGCACUGAGCUGCUGCUGGAGUUUGCUGCCUUCCUGUGUAUCAACUAUGGCAAGAACCCAGCCAUCACCAGGCUGAUCAAUGAGACACGGAUCGUCAUCCUGCCCUCCAUCAACCCAGACGGACGGGAGAUAGCUAAGGAGAAGCAAUGUACUUCUACCUUGGGUCUGACCAACGCACAUGGAAAAGACCUGGACACAGACUUCUUUGGCAAUGCAUCACAGCGUGUGGUGGAGGCCCAACCUGAGACCAGGGCAGUGAUGAAUCUUAUCCUAGAGAGGGGCUAUACUCUGUCUGUAGCCUUAGAUGGUGGCUCCCUUCUGGCUACCUACCCCUAUGACAAACCUGUCCAGCCUGUGGAAAACGAGGGCACUCUGAAGUACUUGGCUAAUGUAUAUGCCAGCAACCACCCCAAGAUGCACCUUGGAGACACUGGAUGUCCAAAUAAUGGACAGUUGGGCAACAUCCCAGAUGGUGUACUUAGGGCAGCAGAAAGACAAAGCCAUAUGGGUAGCAUGAAGGAUUUCAGUGUGGACUUUGGCCACUGUCCAGAGAUCACAGUGUACACUGGAUGCUGUUUGUUCCCCUCCGCCGAGCAGCUGUCCACACUCUGGGCAGAGAACAAGAAGGCUCUUCUUAGCAUGCUGGUUGAGGUCCAUAAAGGUGUACGAGGAAAGGUGAGGGACAAGAGUGGGAAGCCUAUUGUAGGUGCUAUGAUUGUGCUGAAUGGGGGAGUAAGGGUCUUCACUGCAGAGGGUGGCUACUUCCAUGCCCUACUGGCUCCUGGCAACCACAACAUUGAAGCUGUGGCUGAUGGUUAUCAGCAGCAACGCCAGGAGGUCGUGGUAUCAUCAUAUGAAGCUGCUAAUGCUAUCCUCAUUGAGUUUGACAUGGACAACAACAUCUUUGGACUGCCAAGGGAGUUUGUCGUAGCCACUGCAGCGGCCUCCAUGACAGCAUUGGUGGUAACAGCAUGCAUCAUCUGGUGCGUGUGCUCAGCCAAAUCAAACCGACAAAAGGAUGGCUUUCACCGAUUGCGGCAGCAUCGCGAUGAUUAUGACGACGAGAUCCGCCUCACCUCCAUGGGCUCCAAGAAGUCACUGCUGGCUCAUGAGUUCCAGGACGAUAGUGAGAGUGAUGAGGAGACGCUGUAUGCUAACAAGCUCUGAGAAACAAUUUGACUUUGUCUCCACCAAUUUGUUGUUAUACUUUUGUUUUUUUUUCCCCCUGAACUCCUGGCCAAGGAGAACAAAAUUCUGGCUAACACUUUUGCCCUUCUCUAUGGCUGAUAUUCCAAAAGUGACAAAGACACUUAUUCUGCUAUGCCAACAAAACUCUCUGAAUAUUUGUGCUACUACAGUAAUGCUAUAAAAAGAACCCCUGCUCCUCUCUGGGACUGAACUGGGCUGGCCCAUGUUUGCUCCAUAUCUCUGCCUGACUGGAGAAAGGAGAGUGAGACGGAGUCCAGUGUGCCGCUUCCCGUCCCCACAACAUGCCCUGAAUCGCACAAGGUUACACUGAUCAGUCAGAAUAAACUGCAGAGGGUCAUACUGUCCAGUUCGAAAUGAACUGUGGCUUAUAAUGCUUAUCUCAGUCCCUGGAUGCGUUGCGAAAGCUGGAGGGAACUGCAUGGUCAUGCCUUCAACAGAUACCUGUCAUACCUGUACAUUUCUUUCAUACUACUUUCAGUGAGUAUAAAUAGGUGAUUAGAAAUGGAAAGUUUUUUUUUUUUAAUAUAAGUGAUAUAAGCAUCCAAGCCUUUGGGGAAAGAAAUCCAACACUGUGCCUUGGCUUUUGUAGAAUUAGACAGCGGCGUUACGCUCUGAUACGGAUGGCAGCAGCUGAGCUGAAAGAUUAUUCUUGGUCCAGGUUCUAAUCAGAUCUGUUCUUUACUCAGGUGGUAGGAAGGAGACACUGACAGAGUAGUUGAGGAGUGCUAAAUUGCAAGGUUGCACUGUUCCUGCAUAACCUAACAGCUAUAGCCUGGGCUGCCAGGAUUUUAAGUUUUAUCCUUCACUGGGUCAGUGAUGUGUCCAAAAUCCUGCUGGUACAAGCUUUUCAAAGGCUCUGUGGAUCAGGGAGAUCAUAAAGCUUGGUGGAAAUCCCUUCUAUUUAGUGCAGGGUUCUCUAUGCUUUGUACUAAAUAGAAUUGUCCAAGGAUAGGCAGUAGUGGGAAAGGAGACGAACUUAUGAUCAAAUCAUUCAAACGUUUCCCCCCCCUUUUUUUCUUUCAAAUAGACCAGCAUUGUUGAGGGAUGAUUUGUAAUUUUCUGUAAAUGGAAAAUUAGUUUGCAGUACAUUUUAAGGAUGAUGGACUGUUUAAACAGGUUUCUUUCGUUAAUUAUUUAUCCUAUAUUUCAGGGAAAGGGAACCAUGUGCCACAGAUAGCCAUGUGUAUGCAGAUUUUCAUUUCAACCGGACUCCACACCAGGGAACUUCGCUGAUUAGCACACCUUCAACCAAAGAAGAAGGACUAAUUGGUGAACUUACCUGGUGUGGAGUGCGGUUGGAAUCAAAACCUGCAUACACAUUAUUUGCUGUGGCACAUGGUUCCCUAUCCCUGCUAUAUUUCAGCAUGAGUGUGCAUCUCAACUUGGCUGUGAUCGAUGACUCAACCUAUGGAGCAUCAGUUCAGGCACUGGAGCACAGCACAGAACAAUAUCUAAUGCCCUUAACUCCAUGGUGUCCAACCAUGUGCUGUGGAGAGCCAGCCAUGUGUAUGCAAGUUUUUUUUUCCAGUGUAACACUAUACUAGCUGAUCUCAACAACUGGUCCUUUUCUGCCUGAUUGAAGGUGUGUUAAUCAGUGAAAUCAUCAUGUGUUGGGUGGAAAGAGAACCAGCAUACACAUGGCACAUGAUUGGACACCACUGCCAUAAGUUAAAUUAGGCAAAUGUUUAGUUUCCUUUAUUUAUUUCUUAAAAAUCUGAGUAACAGACUGCUUUUUAUUGCCUUCACCUACUAACCAAUAACUGGAAAAUGAAAAUUGCAGCACUGUCCGUCCAUGAAUGAUCUCAUGUCAAAAGUCCUUCAGGGCAACACCUGCCAGAGAUAUGUUUUAACUCCAGAAUCCCCAUGCACAACACUGAGAUCAGUGAUACUCGCUCAUUUGCCACGGAGAGCCAUGUGUAUGCAAGUUUUCGUUCCAACACUACACCAGCUGAUUUCACUGAUUAACACACCUUCAACAGUGAGAAGACAAGUUGGUGAAAUCACCUGGUGUAGCGUUGGAAACCUGCAUUCACGUCUCUCCGUGACACGAGUAUCACAGACUUAAAGGAAUACUUUCUUGUAUGAUAAAGAAAAUUGCGUUAAUUUGCAAGAAAAAAAUAUUUUUGUUUGUUUGGGCCCCUGCACAGGUUGCAACUUGAAAAAAGCAUAGCAAAUUCAGAUUUGUGUGUGUGGAAAAUGUGUAUUUUUUGUUUUCGUCUCUUUUGUUCUUAGUUUGAACGGAGAGUAUGUAUGCACAUGUGUGUGACUCCUGGAAGUUAGAUAUGUUAACUUUUUAUAAAAUGAAUCGGCUGUAACUAAUGAGAUGUUUGCCAAUUGUAAAUGAAAGAAUAAGUGCAAUUCAAAUUAACCACAAGUCUACACACAACAUUUCAUAUAUCUUUAUAUUGUGCUCAUGAUAAUGUGCUAGCGUGAACACAAAUGUAUGAAAUGAAAUAAACCACAAGAC